GAGAAAAGGCUGGCAGGCUGCUUGUGUCCGGAACCGGCGACGGUGAAACCUCUCCAUAUAAAACGCCGCGUAUUCCUCCCGAACAUAUCUGUCCUCUCCCGCGCUUCUCCAUCUUUGUCUCCUAUUACAUUUUUUUUCCUUCUCUCUCUCAUCUAAUCCUUCUCUUUUCCUCCUCCUCCUCCUCCUCCUCCGCGUUUUCUUCGAUAUAUAUCUCCGUCGUUCUACGUACCAGCUUCGAGGAUAUCCUUGAUCUUCUAGCAGUCAACUGCCAUAAAGAUUGAGCUAAGACUGAGCAUACAACAGCAUCAUAGCAUUUAGAGUACAAAUCGCAGAGAAGGAAGAAGAUGGGGUUCUUGUCUCUGUUUCUGCUGGCAUCUGAACCAAUCAUUCAAGUCCUACUCAUUGGCUCUCUUGGAGCAUAUCUUGCGAGUGGUUACAGCAAUAUAUUGACAGCAUCUGCCCGGAAAGACAUGAACAGGGUUGUGUUUGCUGUCUUCACACCAGCUCUCAUGUUUGCUAGCCUAGCCAAGACUGUCACGCUCAAAGACAUCAUCUCUUGGUGGUUCAUGCCUAUCAACAUUGGGAUCACAUUCUUAGUUGGUGGGAUCCUUGGAUGGAUAACUGUGGAGAUCUUGAGACCACCACGCCAUCUCGAGAACCUUGUCAUCGCUACCUGCUCUGCUGGAAACUUGGGCAAUCUUCUUUUGAUAAUUGUCCCAGCAGUUUGUGACGAGGAAGGCAAUCCAUUUGGGCAGCACAGUAUUUGCAGGUCCCGGGGGCUCUCCUAUGUGUCUUUCUCCAUGGCGCUUGGAGGAUUCUACAUAUGGACAUAUACCUACAGUCUUAUGAAGAAGGCUGGUGGCUUGUAUCACAAGAUCCAGAUGACGAAUCAUGGGGUCCCAGAGGUAGAGGGUAGGGAUUCAAAUGUGAGCUUUCCCAACGUAGAGGAGGGUGAAGGAGCUUCCAGUGAUUCCUUGCUUCCACCAGCCAAAUCAAUGGAAGAAACAGCGGAAAACCAAAUUGCAGCCCCCCUCUUAUCCAGUGGAAACCUAAGUGGCAACAAGGUUAGCUUCUGGGAAAAGCUCAAAAAAACCAUGUACCAAAUUGUUGAGGAGUUAAUGGCGCCUCCAACUCUUGCAGCGAUUAUAGGCUUUAUCGUUGGUGCAAUAACAUGGUUGAAAUCAUUAAUUAUCGGAGAGCAGGCCCCUCUUCGUGUUAUCCAAGAUUCCCUCGAAAUAUUAGGAAAUGGCACAAUACCUAGCAUCACCCUUAUUCUAGGUGGAAACUUGACACAAGGGUUUGGCAAGUCUCUCUUAAGGCAUGUGGUUAUUCUAGCAAUUAUCUGUGUGAGGUAUGUGAUCCUUCCCAUCAUCGGGAUUGGGGUUGUCAAAGCAGCAUACGAAGUUGGAUUUCUGCCACAUGAUCCGUUGUACCGUUACGUGCUCAUGAUACAGUUUACUCUCCCACCUGCCAUGAAUAUUGGUACAAUGGCUCAACUGUUUCAUGUUGGUCAGCAGGAGUGCUCUGUUAUCUUCCUAUGGACUUACUUAGCUGCAGCUGUCUCCCUUACAGUCUGGUCAACAGUCUUCAUGUGGAUCUUAGCUUAGACUAAUCAAUUAUUACAUUGAUGACAACCUUUCCAUGCCCUGAGGGUUCUUGGGUGGAAGAAUAAAUUCAAGAGCCUCAUUCUUUCAUCAAUGCCUAUUAACAAGUUUUCAUUGUUUGCGGUAGGAAAAAGGAAGAUCAUUUUUGGCAACUUAUAAUGAACCGAGAUUGUCCCUCAUAACCUUCUGCUAGCAACCAAAGGUUAUUCCAAGUAUCGGGACCUAGAUAAUUAUAGUACUGGCAGUCUCCCUCCUCUCUUAAAGAAAACAAAAGCUAAGCUUAUGUUUGAAGCAAUGGCUUUUUGAAUUUAAACUAGGGAUGCCUACAAGAAGUUUGUCAUUCUUUUUUGUAUAUCAAACUCUCAAUCGCAUAUUUAUAUUGCAUUCUUAAAUAUUUUAUAUAAUUCAUGGUUCCUUCCCCAUCUA